AAAAUUCCGUAGAUAAGACAUUAAUUUAAGACGCAAGAAAGUGAUGAUCAGAUACAGUUGAUUUGCAGAGCUUAAGAGUUUAAAGAGUUAAUCCCCUUUGAAUAACAAGAUGAGGCUAAUUCUAGUUUUUGUGUGCACUAUUGCCUGCUUCGUAAGAAUAUCAUAUUCACAAUGUGGAGUUUGCUUGAGUACAUCGCAGGCUGCAUGUAUUUCGGAAACUGAGUUUCAACUUUGCUUUGAUGGUGUUGCCUCAGGAGAUACCUACACCUGUCCGACAGAUACUAUUUGCACUGAAGAUGUCGCAAUCUGUACAUCUGGAGAUUGGUUCAGUGACGCAGCAGUAUGUACUCCACAGUGUGGUAAAUGUGACCGCAACAAUCGGGUAGCCUGCCUAAACGAAACUUCCUUCGCUUUCUGCUUUGGGGAAACCACACCCUCCACAACCAUCGGUUCAUGUCCCGAUGGACUAGUUUGCAGUAACAGUGCAACAAGCUUUUGUGUAGAUCCUUCGCAAACUGCUCCGGAUUGUAUUGCUGAUGUUCCUUCAACAGCCUCUGGUCCUUGUUCAGGUCCUGGAAAAUUUCCCUUGCUUGGGACCAACUGCACUCAGUACAUUUAUUGUUAUUAUUACAAUAAUGUCCUUCGGAAUCAAAACUAUACUUGUCAAGGUACUACAAUCUUCGACCCCCUGAAGCAAUUGUGUGUACCAAGUUCCACGUACACUUGCGCUGCUUGAAUAAGCCCGAAAUUCAGGUGCUACAAUAAAGUUAAAGCCGACGAAUUACUGCAAAAUUGUGAAAAAAUUAGCAGUGGACAUUGUAAUUUUCGAUUUGG